GCGCACGGGUUCCCAGCCGAGCGGAGCCUCCUCCUCCUCCUCCUCCCCCCCUGCCCCCUGGACCAGCGCCAUCUCCCACAUGUGCUCCAGCAGUGCAAAACCCACCUUCGCUUUAA